AGUUAUUGAUAAAUGUUAUUGGUCAAAAUUUUGCAUUAACAUAUACUGUCACGUCACUAAGAGGGACUUAAAAAAAAAUAGAUAAUCAAGAAUUUGUGUUAUGUUUAUCAAGGUGAGAAAAUAGGAAUUCCUCAAAAAAUGGAUAACAUAUUACUUUUAAAAAUGGAUAAAGUAAUAGGAAACCCCAUCUUAUAAAAAGAAAAUAAAUAAAAUAAUUUAUAUCCAAAUCUAGGGUACUGGACACAUGACACGGCGAAGACCGACCCACCCAGCAAACCCUAGUCAAGCUCUAAUUCUCCAAACUAUCUCAUUCUCUCUCCUCUUUCACUUUCUGGAUCUUAUUUCAUUUCAUACUUAUUACAGCUGUUGAUGUGAAUGUGACAUUCCAUUUUUCAAACUAUUUACAAACACCAACAUUGUUGUUUUUCUAUGAUCAUCACUUCACCAUCCUUUAAUGGCUUCCGUUUGUGUAAAUAAUAUCCCCACUUCUUCUUACUCAACCUACUCUUGGUUAACCCCAAAAAUCUCAAAUUCAAAUUUAAAUUCUAAUUCAUCUUCUUCAGAUAAUAAACAUAAAUCUGACCUUGAUUCUUCCAUCUUCGAUGCCGGAGAUUUCGAGUUUCGUCUUGGUGAUAACCUCACUAUGCUCCCCGCCGACGAGUUAUUUUCCGACGGUAAGCUCGUCCCGUCGCAAUUUUCCACGCCAAAGAAAGCUCCACCGUCGGUAAAUCCGCCGGAAGAGGAGGUGAAGUCGCCGGAGUUUGGAAAAUCUAGUCGGAGUACAGCAAAUGAAGAUUCGUAUUUAUUCUCGCCGAAAGCUCCGAGGUGUUCGAGUAGGUGGAGGGAGUUUCUCGGGCUUAAGAAGCUUCAAGGUCAGCCUAAAACGACGUCGUCUUCGUCAACUAAUAGCAAGUCCAUCAGAAAUUUUCUUAGUAGAAACUCAAAAACAAGCACUGACACUUCAUCUUUAACCUUGCCAUUGCUGAAGGACUCCUCAUUUUCGUCGUCUUCUUCGAUGGAAUGUGAGCCUGUUUCUAUUUGCUUGUCUCGAAUUUCACUAUCGUCUACCUCAUCCGACCACGAUCACGAUGAACUCCCUCGACCAUCUCUCACUGGUGAGAAGCCCAACAUUCAGCCCACUAGAUCUGGGCCGAAGCUUCAAAGUGUACGGCCCAGAGUGAACCCAUGGGUAGGGAGAAGCCAAAUGCGGAAUGCCAAGAUGAGCCGAGGAGUGUCAGUGGAUAGUCCAAGAAUGAAUUCGUCAGGAAGAGUAGUAUUUCAGAGUUUAGAGAGAAGUUCAAGCAGUCCAAGUAGUUUUAAUGGCGGACCAAGACAUAAUAGUUAUAAAAACAGAGGAAUAAUGGAGAGAUCGUAUUCUGGUAAUGUUCAUGUUAGGAUUACUCCUGUUCUAAAUGUGCCUGUUGUUUGCUCUCUUCGUGGAUCUUCCAAGUCCGGUGUGUUCGGGUUUAGCCAAUUGUUCUCUUCGUCUUCGCAGCCGCAAAUGAAAGAGGGUAUCAACACCAACAACAAUGGUAUAACUCAUCUUAAUUCCAGAAGCUUUCAUCAAAAGAAAGAGGGUAACAACAACAACAACAAUGGUAAUAAUAGCAUUUCUAGAAACAAGAAGGUGAAGGAGAAACAGAAUUCUUAAAGAUGGAAUGAAGGGUAAAACUGUAGAAAUUAAACAUCAAAUUUCUAAUUAAUUUUACUGAGAAAAUUAAUUGUUUUACUAAUUACUCGUAAAUUAAGAAAUAACCUUUUUUUUUUAAUUUUAUUUUGUUUUAUUCUGGGUUUUUAUUUAAUGGAGGGGGAACGAGAUGGUGGGACUUGAAACAGAGAAAAACAGAUGAUAACCCUUGUUAACCAUAUUUCACUGUUAUUAUUUUUUUAUUUAAUUUUUUUUAAUUUUUUAUUUUUUUUGCUUUUUUAUUUUAUUUUUAUUUUUUUCCCACUUUUUUGGGUUUUUGUCAUGAGGUGCGCCAUUGUACUUGUUUCGUAUCCUUAAUGAUAAGUAUUUUUUUGUGGGGCGUCGCAUUUGUAUGAUGUGCCAUGCCAACUCUUUAUGUUAUUGUUAUGUUAACGGAGUACAAGUUACAAAUUGUACUUUUUAUUCCAAAGUUGUUACGCGCACUCGUUAUCUUUAUUUGCUACAUAGAACAUAUCCGUACACUUUUUUUGUUUCACAAACAUUGCAACAAGGAUGA